CUUUCAUGCAGUGCUACAAACCAAAGAACACUUUGCUACAAACGUCAAAAAUUGAUUAAAAAAGUUAAUUCAAUAAAAUUGAUAUAAAACCACUAUAUUUUAAUAAAAUGUCAUCGAAACAACAAAAUCGUCGGCAAAAAUGGAUAUUAGACAACACUAGGACGAAUAAAGCCGAUUUGGCAUCACCCCCUGCCUACGUGUCAUCCUGCGUACCGCAAAGUCACGAAGUAUCGAAAAAAACCGACAUUAAUCGGCUGAUAACAAAAAAAUCAUGGGAUUUGGCUCUGGCUCCCGUAAAGCAAUUACCAAUGAAUUUAUUCUUGAUGUACAUGGCUGGUAAUUCCAUUUCCAUAUUCCCCAUUAUGAUGGUGGGAAUGUUACUGUUAAGGCCGAUACAAGCAAUUUGGGCAACAAAAGCUACAUUUAAAAUGAUUGAAACAAACACUUUAGGACAGAUGAUUGUUUAUGUGUUGGGGCAUUUACUGAAUAUUGGGUUGGCACUAUUUAAAUGUCAGAGUAUGGGUUUGUUACCAAUUUAUUCAAGUGAUUGGCUGGCUUUUGUGGAGCCCCCGAUGAGGCAGGAAUAUUUGGGAGGUGGAAUUGCCCUGCACUAGAUACUAAAAUAUUUAUUAAGACAAUUACAAAUAAAACAUUUAAAAUACACUAUAUUUAUUCUUUUCUAUGCUUGUCAGCAAAAUCCUUUACUUUAUUGUAUAAUGCCUGCGGAUCAUCAACUCUAGGUACCUGAAAUUCAACAAUAUUUAACGUUUUGGCCAGAUUUUAUAUAAUCGUACCCACAUCAUAGUUUUGAC